AAUACCGUAGCACAGCAGUUCCCAGGUACAUGCUGGAGAGGGGACACUCACUCCCUACCGUCUCAGUUCUCACCUAACGGUGUCUGCGUCCGGUGAAAGCUGCUUCAGCAGAGACGGUCACAGAGCAGCGUGGAGUGAGCUGGCUUGUGGGGUUGUCUUUUCCAUCCCCUUACGCAGGGCCUGGGAGAAGGGAGCGGCAGUUGGCCAGGCCUCUGCCAUGGGUCAUCAGGGUCAUGUCCAGGUGGCUGCCACGGGGUGGCAGGGGGGAGCCUGGAGCACUGGAGCACGUUCACACCCACUGAGGGCACAACCUGACCGCUGCACACCCUUCACCUCUGCGGUGCCAGGACUGCAUGCUCAGGCGCGGUGGGGCACGUUGCUGUGUUCAUUUGCGGGGGAGCUCUGGGGUGGUGGGCCCACCUGGCCCUGGACUGGAAUGACUCCUCUCUGCUCUGUGACCAGACAUGCGACCGCAUCAAGCAGUCAGCCAGCGGGACCAAGCGUCGUGUCUUCAUCAUCGAGACCAUGGGGGGCUACUGCGGCUACCUGGCCAACAUGGGAGGGCUGGCGGCCGGAGCCGACGCUGCCUACAUUUUUGAAGAGCCCUUUGACAUCAGGGACCUACAGUCCAACGUGGAGCACCUGACGGAGAAAAUGAAGACCACCAUCCAGAGGGGCCUUGUGCUCAGAAAUGAGAGCUGCAGCGAAAACUACACCACCGACUUCAUUUACCAGCUCUAUUCGGAAGAGGGCAAAGGGGUGUUUGACUGCAGGAAGAAUGUGCUGGGCCAUAUGCAGCAGGGUGGAGCACCUUCUCCAUUUGAUAGAAACUUUGGAACCAAAAUCUCUGCCAGAGCUAUGGAGUGGAUCACCGCGAAGCUCAAGGAGGCCCGGGGCAGAGGAAAAAAAUUUACCACCGAUGAUUCUGUUUGUGUGCUGGGAAUAAGCAAAAGAAACGUCAUUUUUCAACCUGUGGCAGAGCUGAAGAAGGAAACGGAUUUUGAGCACAGGAUUCCCAAAGAACAGUGGUGGCUGAAGCUGCGGCCCCUCAUGAAGAUCCUGGCCAAGUACAAGGCGAGCUACGACGUGUCGGACUCGGGCCAGCUGGAGCACGUGCAGCCCUGGAGCGUCUGACCGGGCCCUGCCUGCCUCUGCUGGCCGCACCACGGACCGUCCGUUUUUGUAACACUUAAGUUAUUUAUCAGCACUUUACUGCAAGUAUUAUUAAUCCCUAAUCAGUAAGCACCUGUCACUGCCCAUGACCCCCUCAGAGCCAGUGCGUGCUGUCUGUGGACUGUGCCUCAUGCUUCCAGAUGUGCGUAUUAGCAGAAUUAAACGUUUGCCUACAACUCCA